AUGCAAAUAGGUAUUGAGCAGAAUACAGUUCUCAGGAAAAGCAAAGCUCCUGUUGGCGUCCAGUCUGACUGGCUGAGCAUCAGCUUGCCACGCAAGGCCUAUGAAGGAGACACCGUGACUGUAAGAUGUUCUGGGGAAAACAACGAUAACAUAAAGAAGCUAGUGUACUACAAGAAUGGAUAUCAGAUAGCUGCUUACUCUGGGGCCUCGAGCUAUACCAUCUCCAAUGCAAGGACCAGUGAUGAUGGCGGCUCCUAUUCCUGUAAGGCAGAGAGGAAGAUUUUCUGGUUUAUACAAAGGACAGAAGAAACAAGAUCUGUGUGGCUCACUGUCCACGAGCUGUUUCCAGAGCCUACACUGACCUUCGGCACUUCUUGGCCUAUGGAGGGGAGCUCAGUGACGAUGUUCUGUGACUCCAGGCUCCCUUCCGAUAGGUCGUGGAUCUCUCUUCGCUACAAUUUCAUCAGUGAUUACCGCACCCUAGGUUGGAGAGAGUGGUCAUCAAAGUUUGAGAUCUCAGCAAUAAGGAAAGAAGACUCAGGGCAUUACUGGUGUGAGGCAAAGGCGUUAGGGGACAAGAUCUCGAAGCGGAGUAGCAAAUCCUACAUAAGUGUGCAGAGGAUCUCUGUGUCUCAAGUCUCCAUGCAGACCCGUCCCCCAGGAGGCCAGGCAGUUGAGGGGGAGAAGCUGAUCUUUGUCUGCUCUGUGGCAGAAGGCACAGGGGACAUCACAUUCUCCUGGUACAGGGAGGACACAAAGGAGAGACUGGGGGAAAAACAUGAGCGCUCCCGGAGAGCAGAGCUGCAGAUCCCUGUGGUCCAGGAGAGCCAUGCGGGGUGUUACUACUGUACAGCUGACAACAGCUACGGCCCCAUUCAGAGCCCGGCAGUGAACAUCGCUGUGAGAAUUCCAGCCCUGAGCCCACUUCUCACCAUUAGUGCUCCUGGGGCCACGGUCUUUAUUGGUGAAAUGGUGGAGCUCCGCUGUGAAGAUUUGAGAGCUUCUCCCCCCAUUCUGUACCGGUUUUAUCAUGAAGACAUCAUUGUGGGGAGCAUCUCAGCAUCUUCUCAAGGAAAAACAUCCCUCAACUUCUCCGUGGCUGCAAACCAUUCUGGGAACUUCUCUUGUGAGGCUGACAAUGGCUGGGGACCCAAGCGCAGUGAGGUGGUGACACUUAACAUUACAGAGGCCCCACCCAAAGUCCGUCUGAUGAAUGGUCCCCACCGCUGUGAAGGCCGAGUGGAGGUGGAACAGGAAGGUCACUGGGGCACCGUGUGUGAUGACGGCUGGGACAUGAAGGACGUGGCAGUGGUUUGCCGAGAGCUGGGCUGUGGAGCAGCCAAGCACACACUGGUAGCCAUGUUGUACCCACCUGUGGCGGAAGAGGCCCUGCCUGUGCUCAUACAGGUGGCCCUGUGCAAUGGGACAGAGGUGGCCCUGGCUGAGUGUGAGCAGGUGGAGGCCUUUGACUGUGGACAUGAGGAGGAUGCAGGGGCCGUGUGUGAAGGUGGGUAAUGGCAGAGUCACCUGGGGCCUGGCCCAGCUCUGAGCCUCUUCCUCAGGCUGCCACCUCCAAUUUUCUUUACCAGUCCCCACUGUCCCUUUCUGCUUUCAGAACCACUCACCCAUUCCACAGCAGCCUGUGGCCAGGGCAACACUAUUAGUUGACAUUAAGUUGGGCCAGAGUCAUAAAGGAUUCUUCUGUGUGUUCAAAUUAUUAGUCCUCAUCUGUCCUCUCAAAAGAGGUGGUAGACUGGGACAUGAUGCCAAGAAAAUAAUUAUGAAACCAAAGAACUAUACAAUCUGAGUGGUCUUAAUCAAAGUGACACUGAUUGCAUUGUUCUAUAAUCUAUUUGACCUUUCUGAGCUUUCUCCUAAACAACUCUGUUCAUCAAAAUUAAGCCCUGAGUUCUAGUUGAAGAGGAUGAGGGGCUAUUGGAAGGAUGCUGGACCUGCCAUAGAAGUCAGGCCACAAACUGUAAAGGACAAAGUUCCUCCAGGGUGGAGGUAAAUUGAAGAAAGUUUGGGAGUCUGAAGGUCCAUGGAGCCCUGAAACCUGGGGCAAUCCUUGUUCCCACCUCCAUGGAGCCCUCCAAGCCAAUGGACACUUGGUGAAAAGAAAAACCGUUAGGACCAAUGGGCCCAUGCCCACUUGGAGGAGCUUGUCAUAGCUGUGGCUUGUUCCGGAGAUGGAGUCAGUAUGGGGCUCUGGAAAGGAUCUGGUAUUUGGAGUGAGUUGUGCAGAGCUGGAGGCCACCCCCUGGCUUACCAGCCCUAUAAGGAGCUACUUAAGUAAACUUCUCUGAAGCUCAGUAUCUUGGUCAGAAAAGUGGAAUGACAUGUAGUUUGACUUCCCCACUGAGUUGGGACACAAUCAAACAACACAUGCUCUGAAAGGUCUUUGGUAAAGGGUUAGGCCUGGGAAGAAGCCCCAA